GCGCUUUGUUUUUUUGUUCAGUUCAGCUCUAAAGAAAUUUGUUGCCAUGGUAUCUAACAACAACAAUAACCCUCUCUCUUUUAAUACCAUGAAUGCUUAUAGCUUCGAAAGCAUCCGAGAUCGAUGACAUCUUUAGCACAGGAACUAUCUCUUCAUCCACAUCGAAGCCAAAGUCUAAAACGGAUGAAUCAGUAGGGUCUACAUCAAACAAGGACUCGAAGAAAAAUGGGUCUAAGAAGGACGCAACGGCCACCGGAUCAAAAUCAAAACCUGUGAGCGUACUUAGUCAAAAGGGACAGGAACAGGAACAGGCACAGGCAAGGAAGGGAAACACUCACGAAGACGAUGUCUUCUUAGGUGAAUCGCUUGACGACAGCGAGGACGAGGAGGAGGUGGAUGAGGAGCAAUUGAUGUUUGACGAGGAAGAACAGAAUGAAUCUGAGGAGGCGGCACUUGCGAAAUUGAUGGCCAACAAGAAGAACAAGGCCAAGCAGGAUAAGAGUGCGAACAAAUCAGGGGUGGUUUCGACGAAGCCGAAGAGCGGAGGGAAAGUUGAAGCCGUUGUGUUCAAUGAGCGACCUGCAGCUGCAGCUGCAGCGGCUGCAACAGCCAAGAUCCAAAAGUUCAAGCGGCCCAAAGGAACGGAGCCAGAUAGUGAUGACGAGCUAGAGAAGAAGGCGAAGCGCAGGAUGGACGAUGGGCUGCGGUUGUUUGAUAUUAAUGAUUUGAACAUUGGCAAGGGAGGUGAGACAGAGCUGUGUCCGUUUGAUUGCCAGUGCUGCUUUUAAACAGUGCAAAACGGAGAUAGCACACUAAGGAGCCGGGUAUUCCCAUGUACACACACAUACACUUUUAUUGCAUUCGAUCUAUUCAUUCAUAAUAAACACCCAUUGGAAUCAAACUAUGUUUUUCUGUCUU